AUGGCAAGGCUUUGUUUAUCUCUGGAAAGAGCGAGUGAUGCAGUCCAGCCACCAUUGGGCUCGAUAAGGAGACAAUUUAUAAAGAGAAAACGGAUUCCAAGGAAUCCAAGGAAUUCGUUAUAUGGAAUGGCCGAAAUGUCUAUAGUCAAUCGUGAGCCUGCGUUCGAUCUCUCUUUAAAGAAGAAGAAGGGCGCGCCUCGUCUUUCGGUGUUUUCCACGUUAAUCACGUACGGGUCAACCGAUUUUCAUCAAUUAAGAAGUCAAGAUGGGCAAAUUGGUAGAUUGAAGGAGUGCUCUCCUACGAAUGCGCGAGAUAAGGAACUCCAUUCUAAUGCGACAACAAUGUUGCCUUCCAAGACACUGACAAAAGGAUCGCGGCGUACUCGAGACAUAUUUGCCAUAGGACCAAUCAAAAUUAGGUUAUCCUGUAUCUUUUUGCCUGGAUUUUCUCAUAUUUGCACUUCAAGAUCCAUACCGGAACCGACGAGUGAGAAAAUUUCUGGAUUGGCGGUUUAA